CUCAGAGUCUCAGUUGGCAUUCUCCCACCCGGCUGGGAAGGCAUACGUUGAAGGCCCAUCGCCCCUGAAACGUGGUGGAUGUUGAUGUGUUUGUGAUUGAAGGUGGCGUGAGGUAUAGUGUGAGAUAUACCCAUACUGGUCUACAAUGCCAGCCAGUAGUUUGUUUGCAGAAAUGGAGCGGCCGACUCCGACUCCCAGCUCCACCUCCGCAAUGGACGAACAAAGGGCACUUCAGUUAGCCCUUGAACUAUCGCUAAUUGGAUUAAACAACGAAUCCUCGGUGCCCACAAGUGAACCUGAGCACUACGUAGUCCAAGGCCUGGAUGCUGAGCGGGCUUCCACCAAAAGAUCCCAAAAUAUGACGGAGUGUGUGGCGGUGCCAUCGUCGGAACACGUGGCCGAGAUUGUGGGCAGACAAGGCUGUAAGAUCAAGGCUCUGCGGGCCAAGACCAACACGUACAUCAAGACGCCCGUCAGAGGAGAGGAGCCAGUGUUUGUAGUCACUGGGCGAAAGGAGGACGUGGGCAUGGCUAAGCGGGAGAUCCUCUCAGCGGCAGAACACUUCAGCCAGAUCCGUGCCUGCCGCAAGAAUAACCUCAAUGGCUCCAUGGCUCCGGGCCCCCCGACCAACGUUCCCGGCCAGGUGACCAUCCAGGUGCGGGUGCCAUACCGUGUGGUGGGCCUGGUGGUGGGGCCCAAGGGUGCCACCAUCAAGCGCAUCCAGCAGCAGACCCACACCUACAUCGUCACCCCAUCGCGGGACAAGGAGCCAGUCUUUGAGGUGACUGGGUUGCCAGAGUCAGUGGAGCAGGCCCGGAAGGAGAUAGAGGCACACAUCGCCAUGCGCACGGGCGGCCUGCUGGACCAGGAUGAGCCCAAUGCUGCGGCUGCCGCGGCCGCGGCCGCUGCUGCUGCAGCGGCUGCAGCUGCCCGACACCACCCAGACUAUCCUGCUCCAUCCCACGGCUUAGAUAAUUUGUUUAGCCCGUCAUCUUCGGAGCUGGUGUCGUCACUGUACAAGCUCAACAAUUCCUCGCUCAACGGUCUGGCCUCCAUCAACGGCCUCACCAAUGGGACCGGCCUCAAUGGGCUCACCAAUGGUCUUUCCAACGGUUCCACAAUCAACAGUAUCAACGGGCUGAGCGGGCUGAGUGGCAGCGGACUAGGCGGCAUGACUAGCCUCAACAACACCCUCAACAGCCUCAAUACUUUAAACCAGCUCAAUGACCUCAACUCCGCCUUCACACUGCUAGGGGACACCAGUUCCUCGCUGCUUGGCUCUUCAGGCAAAGGCAGCGGGAGUGGCGGCAGCACUGGCGGCGGAGGUGGUGCCCUGGAGUCAUCUCUCUUCUCGUCGUUCAGUGGCGGCAGUGUGGGCGGCACGAAGCUUGGCAGUGAGGUGACCAAUGGCGGUGGCAACAGCGGCGGCAAUGGACUGGGGCUGUAUGGGGUGGACGAGGGCCUGGGAUCUCUGGGCUCAUCCAUGGGAUCCUCCCCAUCCUUUGAUCCUGCGCCCUCCAGCAUCUGGGGUGAGCUUGGGCGGUCCAUGAACUCCACUGUCAGCUCCAGCUCAUCCCUCAGUUCCACAUUCUCGUCUCUCUCCUCCACUCUGUCAUCUUCACUGACGCGCCGGUCGUCGUCAGUGUCUGGGUCAUCACCACCCUCCUCCCGACUCUCCCCAUCAUUAGAGGCCCACCCCCCAGCCCGCCGAACCAGCUCAGACUCUGCCCCGGGUUUAGCCUCCGCUCCCUCUCUGGCAUCGCUCAAUUCUGCACUGACGGGGGGCCUUGGAGGCUUAGGUGGGCUGCCCACCUCAUCCCCUUCCUCUUCUUCCCCAGCCUCCACCCCAGAUCUCACUCAGCAGCUGAACGCCUUCCAGGCUGCCCCGGGGCUGCCCCCGUCACCUGCUACCUCCACAGGCGCAGCCAUGACUCAUCUGGUGAAUGGGCUGGAGGAAAAGAAGCGCUGUGUUACUUGCUGCGAGUCAGAAGUGGUGGCCGCCCUUGUACCCUGUGGCCACAACCUCUUCUGCCUGGACUGCGCCAACAAGCUGGUGUCAGAGGCAGCUGAGUGCCCAAUUUGUCGCAUGAAGGUGACGCAGGCCAUCCGCAUCUUUUCCUAACGCGGCACUCAGCCUCACCACACGCCGCCAAGCUCGACCCACCAGCUUAUAGAUUAUAUUAGUCUGUAUAGCAUAUAUUUGCAGAUUGAAGAGUAUUAUCUUUAAAAAUUAAUAAUGAUUUUUUAUUAAAAUAUUGUGAAGAUAUUUUUAUUUCAUUUUUUCUUACGAAAUGUAAAGCAUUUUUAAUGUAUGACUCAUGUGAGUGCCGGGCCGGGCCAGGCGGCCAAGCGUCGGUGCUGGACGCGGGUCCUUCAAGUCAGAGCGGAGAACAGCUGUUGUCAGGCUGUGAUAGGCGGGCCGCGCCCCGCCAACAACUGCCAAGGGGUUAUGCCCCUCCGUCGAUCUCCCACUGUUUCCUGGGUACUCCGGACGGCUCGGAGCGGGGCGGGGCAAGGCGGGCGGCCAGGAGGGCAGGCAGGCAGGUGAGCAGGGAGGCAAGCAAGCAGGCAGGUGGGCAGACCAGCAAGGCCAGCCAGCCUGGCCCAAAGGGUGAAGCCAGUACCUAUCCGCUCCCAGAUCUGAACUGUUGGCAUCCACCGCUCUUCUGUUCACCCAUCCGCCCCCUACUCCCCACUACUCACCCCGUCUGUCCGCCCGACCGCCCGCCCAGCCUCCAAGCUGCCACACAACGAAUGCAACAUAUCCUCAUCAGCUCCAUGUGAGCUUGUCAGCCGCCCACCAUCCAGCCAGCUGCCCGCCUGCCUGCGGGUGGCCAGGUGGCCAGUGGGUAGUGUGGGAGGGCUCCAGGAUCAGCGGGGCCACCUCAGGCCGGCUCCGUGACCCACCCACCUGAACGAUCGCCUCGUGCCUUCACCCCACACGCCCGGCACCACCUCUACCCCAUCACCACCACCUCCACCUCUUUCCCUACCUACCAUGCCAGUCCCUAUCCCACCACCACCACCACCACCACCACCUCCACCUCCACCUCCACCUCCACCUCCACCUCCACCACCACCACCACCACCACCACCACCGCCCAGGAGCCACCCACCAGAGUUGACCCAGUUUGUGCAUUCAUGUAAUGGAAGCAAUACAGUGAUAUUAUCUUAGUCAUAGUGCUUUAUCUAAGUUCUUGCUCAUUAUUGAUAUAAAGAAAAAAAACUAUGAAAUGUGAAAACUUUAUUUUGUAUAGAGAUGGAAAAAUCAGUAUUCUAGACCAAUUUUUAAUUUCCAAUAUAUUUAAUUAUCAAUACAUUUUUGUGAUAAUGUUUGUUUGAGUCUGACUUGAAGGACUAAGCGUCGUGCACGUGUUACACAUGAUCCCAGUGUGGUCGGGGCCCAGGGAAGGGCCCGGGAAGAGCUGUGGGGAGCACCAGGGUGCCCACCCUACUCCCCUCGGUCCCUUGUGGGGCCUUCCGACCCCUUCCAGGCCUGGCGAUGAGUAGUUUGCCAAGUUGUGUCCCUCCCCUUGACAACGCACGAGGCCGGGCAGGUGUCGCGGGCCCUGGGACGCGGUGGGGCCCUGCACCACCACGGGACAGUUCAGAGUUCUCUUGGCUGAAUCAAGGCAAGAUUAUUUAGUUUUAAGGUAAUAUAUAUAUUUUUGUCCUAAGAUUUAUAUUUUUCUUUUUCUUUUAAUGGAAGUUUACAGUUGAGUGUUUUUAGUUCCUUUAUGAUAUAUUUUUUCUACCUGUCAUUAAUAGCGAGUGUCUAUGUAACUUUGUUUACCUACCCUGUAUGAGGGUAAGUGAGUCCCGGGCCCUGCGCCCCUCACCCCGCAUGCACGCCCUCCCCGCCGCCCACCUGGCAGGGUGCGGGCAUAUUGGUCAAGGUAUUUAGGUGCAAAGUUUGUCUAAAGGUAUUUUUUUGUAAUUAGGGAGAGAAUUGAUUUAGUUUGAAGCCCUGUAGUUCUUAACAGAUAAUCAGCGACAGACAUGAAGCUCUGAGCGUGAGUAAUAUUACUGAUAGUUUAAAAGUGUUAUUAUACCCUUUCGAUUCUCACCCAAACUGUUUGAUAUUCAUUUUGUAUCAGUGUUUCCUGGGGUGACUCCCACUGACGAGUCUGUAUGUCUCGGGGACGGAGCGGGGUGGGCGUGGCAUACCCGCUUCCCGCCCACACCUCCAUCCCCAGUGUAGCUGGGAAUCGAGAAGAGGGUGCUUUCCCGCCGCCCCCCCGGCCCACCAGUGGGGCGGGACGCGGGCGGCCGCCACCUCGCCGCCUCCCAGUAUAAACUCUAGUAACUAAUAUACCCAACCCCAUUGUAUCUUACCAUAGAGCACAACUUAAUCGCUAUUUACAAAGAUGAAAGUUUACGUAGUUUUCAUAUAUCUAUUUUAAUAUAUAUGAUUUAUUAGAGGAAAAUUUAUGGUGUAAUUUGUUUGUGUAGCCUAGUUGAGUGAUCUAAGAAAUUAUUUUUAUUACCUUAUUUCUAUACUGUUUCUGAGGACAUCAGAAUGCUGUAGUGUUGUAGGUGUCCUGUUGUGGUGUAGUCUAUAUCAAGUGAGAAGACGUUAUUUUUCAUUCGUUUUUUUACAAAAGAGCUGAACAACCACAUCGCCUUUGUGUUUGCUGUUGUGUGUGACGUGUUGGCCCGCGCCGCCGCCCGGGACACCGUUUAAGCGGCCAAGAGUCGAGGUGCAGCGCCGGAUCACCACCUUCCUCUCCAGCUCGAGGCGCUAAACGAGGCUGAGCCAUAAGUUGCGGCCGCACCUGGAGGUCACCCCUCGCUGGGCAGAGGCACCAUGGACCCUGAUCAGAGCCAAGUCUUAAAGUACUGAUGCAUUGCCUUGUGGCUUAGCACCUUUUUCGCCCCGACCUGCAUGCUUGCCGCCAGCGUGACAAGCAGUCCGGGUCUCGCACUGUGGCAGAGGGCGGGAGACGGACAACAUCCCGUCCCGCCGACCACCCGCUGCCCACUCCAGGACCACUCCAUACCCUCUCCUCUGCGUCGCCCGUCCUGCCUAACCCUCCUCCCGCGGUCAUUCAACGCUAGCCAAUCAAAGCUCAGCAUGACGGGUGGAGGCGGAGGGGCGAGGGCUGGUGGAGGGCCCGGAAGCGGCGGCGGGUUAUCUUGGUUCAGAAAAAUAUAAAAAAAUAAUAAUAAUAAAUCGGUGGAAACGUUUGGUCAGCAGCUGCUUCGUUCCAUGGGUCUUCCAGUACAGCGUUGAACAACUGUCGUCAGUGUCAUAAGUUAGUUCACAAUACCUAUGCACUCUAAUCCGUAAUGAGUUUAUUUUUUGUACUUUUCUACAGCGCCGUAUAUAUAUUGUAUGGUAAUUUUUCAUAAAAUCGUAGUGUAUACUUAGGAUGAUAAACAAAAUGAUAAAAAUACCAAAAAAUAUUCUAUGCUUCUUGAUGAAGGCUUCCCGCGUUAAUCGGUGUGUACAGGGAAGCUGGGGCGGGGCCCGGUGGCCGCUCCCCCCCCAAGGCGGCGCCGCGCCCCACCCCAGGCACAACCUAUUGCAAUAAUUCAUCAAUGAUUGCUACACUAUUUUCAAGAGAUUUUUUGUCACUUAUGCAAAAAGAGAAAUAUUUAAAACCCCUUCAAGUCAGUUUGUGGCAGCCAGCCCGCCCCGACAGUGGGCCGGGCUGCAGGGGGCCUGACGCAGCCCUCGGGCUCGGGCGGGCGGCUGCCUGGCUUGCUCCUGCUCAGUAUUUUGUAACGUAACAGAUUUCUCAAUAAUAAUAAUAAUGAUAAUAAUAAUAAUAAUAAAUAAUAAUAAUAAUAAUAACCAUUGCAGGGACACUCAUCGUCUCCAAUUGUUUUUAUCCAAAUGUGAUUUUUUUCUUUCUUUCGUUUUAAGUGGUUAAGCGCAGUGUCGGUGCGCGUGCCGGGGCAGGCGGGGCCGCUGGGGGCGGGACCUGGGCGUGGGGCCCACCGCCGCCCCGCCCACCUGUUCCCCGUCAUAUCCCACCCAAGUUCCACUCACAAUAUAGUCUAUAUACUUAUAAUAAUGAUAUAUAUUUGAGUAUCAAGUAUAUUCUCGUAGACAUGAGCGUUCGUAACGAUGUUCUGAGGUAACUAGCGAGGAGAGCCGCCGCGCCGCGCGUCCCCGACCACUUCGGGUCCGGCAGUGCUGGACACUCUCCCGCAGCCGAGACUCGCUUCAAAAUUGGGAUUGUUUAGCGUCACUGAGGGGACACGUCAGGUCACUUAAGUGAACAGAGAUCGGAGCUUGUAGCGAGGACCAGCGUGUUGCAGCAGGGAGGCUCGCGAGGCCAAAAGCAUAUGCUCAUUACCUGUGUCCGCGCCAGCCAGCGCCCAGGUUGGUGACGGCUGGUGCGGCCGCGCUAUUUUUCCCAGUAUUCAGAUGUAAGGGGAAGUGUAGCCAGUGGUGGACGCUCCUACAACCAGACGCUGCUCGCCACUUUUGAUUUCUUUAUUGGCCAAGUAGUGGCCAUUAUCACUCACACUGUAGAGGGCAUAGAAAGGUUGUUACACCUGCCCUGGCGGCGUCUGGGUAUGGGUCGCGGCCACUCUGGUCCACACUCCGCCCUCCACCUCUCUUCUCGUGCUCUUUGGUAUUGUUGCCUUAUAUCUGGAGAGCGAGGGAGCCGCGCCGCCACGUCCCGCUAGGCCGCACAGGGGUCGCCCUCACGCCGCCCGCCCCUCGCUUGGAGGCUGCUCAUAAAGAAGGAUCCAGCGGGUCGCUGGGCGCCCUCCCUCACCCUCUUUCUGGCCAUCAAUAGUUAAUAAAUAUUUAUAGUUAUAAUGGUAAUAUAUUCUUUAUAAUGCUGAUAUAAAAAAAAUUAAAAAACCGAGCAUAAAGAGUAGCCCCCGGAAUAUAUCUCUGCUGACGUGUCUUGGGGCGGGGCGGAGGUCGUGGCCGCUUGUCCCGCCCCGGGAAACUCGGCGCCAGCGAUAGCUUCGUUCUGCAUGUUUCGUACAAUAUUCACUAGAGGGAGAGAGACAAAAAGUGUGUGUGUGUGUGUGUGUGUGAGUGAGUGAGUGAGUGAGUGAGUUAGGUUGAAUGAGUGUGAGUGUGCGUGGACGCGCACGGGUUUGGAUGCGACUGAAUUCGUGAGUGAAACUGGAGAGUCAGUAAGUCGGAGUGAAAGAGGACAGAUCUCACAUGCCAGGAGCCGCUGUUCACCGCGUCUUGGAGGAGGCGAAGGGAGGGAGAGAGGAGGAGGAGGCAGGGCACAGGUGAGGCUGGCCUGGGUGAACGCGGCGUGUCCCUCAGCAUUACCUACAAUGCUUUGCUUUCCGAUCCGCCACCGUUUUUUUUUUUUUUUUUUUCUCCAGAAAAGUGUAUAUGUUUAGUUUAUUUUUAUAUUAGAAAUAGUUAUUAUGUUCCUAAGUGAGCUAGUACUAGAAUGACUUACUUUUUUCUUUCAUUUAUCACCUGUAAAAAUGAAUGUUUGGUUUGUGUGACAAAGGGGGAGUGCCGCGCCUCCCAGCCAGCCGCCCAAGCCCAUCUGCCCUUACUUCAGCUCGUGCUUUAAAAUUAUCAUACAAACUUUCCCCGAUAAUGAUUGAGAUUUGGAAGCGAAUCAGAGUGUUGCAUCCAGCACAAGUGGCUGACGGGCGUGUGCCGCCAGGUUGCCGCCGCAGCCCCGAGCCUCCUGACAUGUCUUUUCUUCAUCUGUAACCAGAAGCAAUAACGUGUACUCGGUAGUGUGUUCUCGUGUCAACUUGAUAUUGUGACCAGUGUAAAAACUUAACAAAAAUAAAAAAAAUCUGAUGGCCACGACGGUGCUGGAUGUAAGGCGGACAGAGGCAGGCCAGGACCCGCCAGUUUUUGUCAUUUAUCAAGUAUGUAGUGAGUAUUUUUUCACGAUCUUGACAGUGGUGUCGCCGUAUUGUAGCAGAGUAGCAGUCCAGUCUCGGUUGUGUAGCGGCGUCCCGGUGCCGGAGGGCCGCCCCGUCACCCCCACUCAUUGUACCACCCGGCCCAUCAACCUCAUGAAAAUUCUAGUUGUGUGAAGUGCUUGAUGUUGUGGUGACGGCCGCCCCCCCGCACCGCGACCCACCCUCGUGUGUAAGGCCCCUCCCCACACCCGGACCCGGGGCGGACUCCCACCAUACCUCACCACACUCUGUUGUCCAUCCCAUAGCCUCAUAGCUAAAUAUAUCUGUAUAUAAUUAUAUAUAGAGAGAAACAAAUAUAUACACUUUAUAAUUUUCUCAAGAUAUUUUCUACCAUAAUUUCAGAAGCGUUAUGUAACACUGGCUCAGUUGAGUGUUUCUGAAGACCUGAUGCUGCCCAUCUCCCGCCCUUCCCUUCCAGUUGCCCUCCGGCACAGAGUCCGCCCCUCGCCCCCUCCCUCCCCUUCGUCUUCUUCCUCAUCCUCUUCCUCUUCCUCCUGGUAGAAAUAUAUUUUGCUACCCAUCUAUACUGUUAUUAUCAAUAUGUAAUUUUAUUACGUAGGUUAAUUUGUUAAUGAUAAUAAUUAUACUUUUUUAUUGGUAUCAGUGAAGCCAGAGUACUUCUUACACGGGCAUCUUAAAUACUAUUAUAAUUAGGUCUCACGAGGUCAAUGGAAGCCGGGUUGUCCAGGGCUCUCUACUUUGACUUGACAAAGAAAACGUGAACUAGUCAAGCGUUUGGUUACUUUUAUCUUCGAUCCUCGGCCACUAGCCCAUUAUUAUUAUUAUUAUUAUUAUUAUUAUUAUUAUUAUUAUUGCUGUGUUGUUGAACUCAAAACUAAUUAUUGUUUUUUUACAAGUUUGUCUAGUUGAAGCUUGUGGAGAUCUUUUAUGACAAGGUGUUUGGAGGCUGAGGCGAGGUGGUGGUCGCCGGGGCGAGGGUAGGGGGGCGGGGUCUGGCUCGCCGCCCCGCCCCGCCACACCCCGCCUCGCAGACGUGGCAUCAGCCUUGCCUCAGCAGACACACGCAAUUUUUUUUUAAUGGAUUACUAUAUAUUAUUUUCCUACCAUAUGUGUUUAUUUUGGAUAGCAAUAUGGCCUCAGUGUACCUUUAUUUGCUUGAGCCUGUUUGUUUGUUUGUUUGUUUGUUUGUCACUGGGAGGCGGGUGGGCCGACCCCCCACUCCCUCCUGCGCCAGGAGCUCGCAGACCGCACCAUCUCCCUCAGCCUGUACACCCUAGUUCCAUAUUAAGAUAAUGUAUUCCCAUAUAUUUUUAUUAUUGAUGUUUCCAUAUGCAUAUUAUUAAAAAUAAAUGACAAAAAGAAAUAUGAACAAAACAUAUUUUGGAGUUAAUACCUCUGUGGCUGCUGAUCCACUGUGGUACUUAAAAUAUAUGUAUGGUUAAUUUUUCAUGUUUGCUAAUAAUUUUAUUUUCUGAUUUUUGUGAGAGUGAUUCAAUAGAUAAAAUAAUAAAGUUACAUGUAUUAAA